AAUCAGCGUAGUGGCAUCACUCAAUUACGACACAUCAGAACACAUCGACCAUAUCGAUCGAAGCAGAUACAGCAAUAUGACCACCCUCCCUAAGAUCUUCAUCACCGGCGCAACCGGCUACAUCGGCGGGGAUGCCCUCUAUGCCCUCUUCGCCAAGCAUCCCGAGUACAGCUAUACCGCUCUCGUCCGAUCGUCGGACAAGGCCCAGCAGGUCCAAGCCCAGUACCCCUCCAUCCGGGUGGUGAUUGGCGACCUCGAUGACUCGGCGCUUCUUGAGAAGGAGAGUGCCGGGGCGGAUAUCGUCCUGCACACUGCCGACGCCUCCGACCACGAAGGCGCCGCCAAAGCCAUCGCCGCCGGCCUGGCAAAGGGCCACUCGAAAGAGAAGCCCGGAUACUGGCUACACACCGGCGGCACCGGCAUUCUGACCUUCCACGAUACCGACCGGAAUGUCUUUGGCGAGCACAGCGACAAGGUGUACGAUGAUUGGGACCAUGUGGAUGAACUGCUGAAUCUGCCGGAACACGCCUUCCACCGGAAUGUAGAUCGCGUGGUGUUGGAGACGGGCAAGACCAAGGCGGGGGUGGUGCAGACGGCGCUGAUCUGUCCGCCUACGAUUUACGGACGGGGUCGUGGUCCGGUGUCGCAGCGCGGACGACAGGCCUAUGCGCUGGCCAAAGUGACGCUGCAGCUCAAGAAGGGUCCGAUUAUCGGACCCGGCAAGGCGAUCUGGAAUAACAUCCACGUGCAUGAUCUGAGUGAUUUGUAUGUGUUGCUCGUGGAGGCGGCGGUGCAGGGCCGGGAGGAUCCCGAGCUCUGGGGGGCGCGCGCCUAUUAUCUGACCGAGAACGGGGAGCACGUCUGGGGCGAGUUGGCCAAGGCGACGGCGCAGACGGCCGUGGAAUUGGGCUUGAUUUCGGAAGCUAAGGCGGGGUCGAUCAGCCUGGAAGAUGCGAAGAAGUACGCGGGGUAUGAGUCGCUGAGUUGGGGGAUGAACUCCCGCGGACGGGCCCGGAGAGGCUCGAAGGUGCUGGGAUGGACGCCAUCGAGGCCGAGUCUGGAGGCGACGCUGCCGGAGAUCUUGGAGGAUGAGGUGGCACGGCUGUAGCCUACCACUGCAAUGAGCCAUGGCACGAUGCGGCUUCAAUAUAUCGAGCUGCUAUGCUAUGUCUCAAGCUACUAGAUUCCAGACAAAGCUAGAUGAAUAUACUAGUACUUCCCACUAGC